CUCCCCGCGCGCAACGCAGUCGAUCUCUUUUCCCCCCUCACGCCGCGCACAUCCAACACCAUGGCAGGCGUCGCCGAAAAGGCGAGGUUCUACCUCGAGCGGUCCGUCCCGCAACUGCGCGAAUGGGAAGACAAGGGCGUCUUCUCCAAGGACGAGAUUCGCAACAUUGUCCAGAAGCGCAACGACUACGAGCACAGGGUCCUCUCGCCCGGCAACAAGCCCGCUGAAUGGUCCUCGUACGCCAAGUGGGAGCAGUCGCUCGAGGCGCUCAAGUCGAAGCGCUGCAAGCGGCUCAAGAUCCGGCACCUCAACUCGGCGCACGCCGGGCAGGGCCGCGUCCUCGCCAUCUACGAGCGGUCGGUCAACAGACACCCCGCCAGCGGCGAGCUGUGGCGCGAGUACCUGGCCUACACGGCCGGCGUCAAGGCAACGAAGCGGUGGCGCAAGACCAUGACCAACGCCCUCCGCAUGAACCCGACCGACCCUGAGCUGUGGGUCAUGGCCGGCCGGCGCGCCGCCCGCAACGGAGACAUGGCCUCGUCGCGCGGCUUCUUCAUGCGCGGCUGCCGCUUCUGCAACAAGGAGUGCGGGUUGUGGAUGGAGUAUGCCCGGUCUGAGAUGGAGUGGCUGGCCAAGGUCGACAAGCGCAAGGCCAAGCCAGGCAAAGCCGCCAAAGAUCCGCUGCGGCCGGAUCGAACUGACGCCGAUGACGAGCUACGGAUCGAAGACAGCGACGCCGAGGACGACGACGACGAUGGCGACAACGAGCUGCCCGUGCCGUCGCGCGCCCAGGCCAAGGCCAUCAACGAGCAGGAAUCGGCGCAGCUCAGGUCGAAUCCGGCCAUGGACGGGGCGAUACCAAUCGCCAUCUUCGACAUAUCGCGGAAGCAGCCCUUCUUCAAGGCCGACGUCGCCGAGGCAUUCUAUGUCAUGCUCGGGGCCUUCCGCAGCGUCUCGGUGCAGCCCAAGGUGGCUCAGCAUGUGCUGCACGUCAUAGAAGAGCAGUUCCCCGAGGACCCCGCCACCUGCAGCUGCUACAUCAGACAGCCCAUCCUGGGUCUGAGCCCGCAUACGGCAGACUUUGCCGCGAACCUACGGACGGUGCUGGGCCGGUUGACGGAGAAGCUCGAGUCCACGACUGAUCGGGCGAGACUCGCACAAAAGACGAUUGCGUGGAUGGAUGAGUACCUGGCGCUGGACGGGCUCGACGACAGCAUACGGGCUGUGCUGAAACUUUCGAGGGAAAGGGUGGCGGGUGAUGUACUGUAGAUGCUCAGAUGAAUACUCGGGGUCUAUGCGGACCGUUGUGCCACACUGCGACUGGUAUGGCGAGAUAAACCGCGGUGCCUUUCUUAGCCGCAGCUCACUG